CCCCGAGGAAGCCCCUGCUCUCUCUGCCACGUCAGAUUUUGCCGUCUUCUUCUCUCCGCGUGCUGCACAUCCCAUCGGCCUUCCUCCUUCCGCCGCCACCUCCCCCUCGCCGGCGUCAAAUCCGUCGCCACCUCUCCCUCGGCAUCAAAUCCCGCCGCCACCUCCCCCUCACCAAUCUACGCCGCUCCUCGUGCUGCAACCGUUGCUGUUGGUCCGCCCGCGCCACCGCCCCCCCAGUCCGUCGAUGCCGACCGCCCCACGCCGAUUCCCAGCCGCCAGGGACGCGCAGUCGCGUCGUCCGACCCUGUGCCGGCGCCCUGCGCCUCCGCCGCCCCGCGCACCGUGCCAAGUCCCCGCCGAUGGGGAUCCCCACGCCCAGCGCACCAAGUCCCCGUUGUCCCGUGCACCGCGCCGCUGCCAAGUCCCUGCCAUUUAACUCAGACUCCCGCCCCGCGCUCUGCACUGCAGCGCCGCCUGUGCCGCGCGGGCUCAUCGAUCCGGAAAGCAAAAUCGGAGGAACUACCCCUCCUCCGACUCGGAGUCGCGCUCAAGUCAAAAUCGGAACCAGAGGGCGUCAUCGGGCCUGGGCGGUAUAUUAAGCGCCCCCAGGGUUCUCCUUUUGAGAAGAAAAAACAAGCGAAGCGAAAAGUUUGAUCGCAGACUCGCCAAACCCUAGCCUCUUCCAUCGGCGGCUGGAGUACGGGUGCGCCAGCAAAAUCGGAGAAGAAGGCAAGCAAGCUCCUCUUCUAUUCUGAAUUUCUGAUGCAAUGCGAUUUUAUUUUAUAUCAUCGAAUUACCACGAAAUCUCACAUUACUACAUAUUUCUUCUUCUUACUCGCGGUGGGAAGAUGUCGGGAGAGGAGAUGUGGUGGGAGAGGAAGAUUGCAAAGCCAGCGGAGUCAGAGCCGGAGUCUGAGCCAGAGUUUGGGUCGGAGCCGGAGUCUGAGUAUGAGUCUUAUACUUUGUCGGAGUCUGACUCGGACACAGACGUGGUGGUGAAGCAGGAGAGGAUGGCACGGCUGUUCGAGCCCGAUACCAAGCACACAACUGAGGAGAAGGUGCUCCUGGGUCUUCACAUUGUUCAUUGCAGACAGUUCACUGAAUAUGAUCCAAAGCAGAAUGAUUUUGUCUGCACCUGCUUCUGCCAUUUCAACAUAGCGUUCUUCGACCUCGAUGAAGAGUCCGAUGCCCCCCAUGGUCUGCCGCUUCAAGUUCAAACUUAUUCUGAUUGGUGCGAGAUGGCAGAUGCAUCGGUUAAUGUCAUUUCCUUGAAGAUAAUCAGAUCUGAUGUGGGCUACCCAAUCAACGUAUUUGGCACCGUGCUUGCAAGGGAUGAGGUUGACUAUAAAUGUGUCUAUCUGUUCCGUCGUGAAAGGGAUGAUCCCCAGUGCAUCACCAAAUCGAGGAACAUGUUAACUCUGACAGGUCCACGCCGGGGAUUUGUCAUAUCGGACAGUAUGUUUUUUGAGAUCAAUUUGAAGAUCAAGGGUGAUCAGACCAGUGAUGACAAAGAUUUUAGCAAAGGUGUGAUACGACACUGGCGUGUCCCCUUUGACAGGCGACCCAUGAUCACUCAUCUGCUGAGUAGCUGGCGGAGUAUAGUCGAAUUGGCAUUAUCGCCUAUUACGAAUCCCGUGGCAGCUUCUCUUAAAGUUAAUAUUUUGAGUGGACCAUGUGAUGUUCCUUUCAAAAGCAAAGUAACGGCUCGAACCAUCGGAAAUAUUGAAAAUCCUAUCAUUCUAUAUGAAUAUGAUAAUAAGGUGACGUGGAACCACAUAUUAAUUGAAGAUGAUGGCGCUAUUGUCUUGACUCGUAAUCUGGUAGCCGUCCCUGUUCCCAGCCACACGGUUGACGAUGAUGAAGAAAUUCUGCUCAAUGUUUCUUUUAUUGCUGGCAAUGGGAAAGAUGAACGCACCUCGGUCACGCUAUCAUACCCUGAAGAAGAGAAGGUUUGCAAUCACGGUUGCUAUGAGCUGCUGGUGAAGGUUUGCUGGACAGGUAUUCAAGACGUUCCGAUGCGCGGAGAUAUUCUGAGAAGAUGGACCUUGGUGCCUGCCGGAGUCUUAGCGCCGGCCGUCCUCUGAUUUAUAAGCUUCUUUUCAAUCUGAGUACCUGCUGGACGUUAUAAAAUUUUAUUUUAAUUGUAAUAAGCACUAUAAAAUUUGACUCGAGGUGAUGUGGAAAGAAGUGGGUUUGCUGCGAGAUUAGUGCGCGCGUGUUAUUUAGAAA